AUGGAUAGUGAAAAAUCUCCCGAAAAGCAAAAAGAAUUUAUUGACACUGAUGCGUGCUCAAAUUCAGAUAGAAGCCCUGAAAUAACUCCAAGCCAGCCAAGUCACCAUCAAAAAAGUGAGAGUGGUUUUCAGUCUAUUUCUCUUGAUGAUCCUUCAAUGGUGAAGCUAGAAAAGCAGUACAAUGCCAAAUAUACGACGAUCAUCUGAUAUGCAAGAUUCCUACAGGUUUAUUCAAUAAUUGACUGCUUAUUAUGUUUCAUAAUUGCCAUCAGUACUGCCAAGAAUAAAAAAUUGUAUCGAAGAGUCACGGAGUCACAGGUGGUAGUUUCCGGGGUGGAGUGCAGGCGCUGGUUGACUGAGCCUCUCUCGACCCACAGAUAAGAGGAAUGAAGGCACUUCUAGAAGAGCAUUAUACUGCCUACAAAUGGCAUAAGGAGGAGGUACUGGACGCGUCCUUCAUACCCUGAGCACUACCAGGUGUUAAGAGAGUCCUGUGCUGCAAUUUUUGGUCCGAGUAGGUUCGGGUGAGUUCCCCGUUAGACUGACGACACCACCAUUUUUUGUGGCCCAGAAGGUAAAGGGCUUUAGGUGGCUUUAGUGCUUAGCGCCACAUAAAGCGUGAUGCUGAAGCUCGAAUGGCUAGGGUCUAAAAUAACCCCAGUUUAACCCCUCUCUAAUGACUCUUUUUCUUCUAUGUUUCAUAUAUUUUCUAUCGGAAUUCUAUUAUCUCAUCAUUUUGAUUAUAAUGCCAGUAAAUGGAUAUCUGGCUGGGUACCAUCUUAAUAGAACAUUUUUGUCGAUUUAUAUUCUAUACCAACUUGGUGCUUCUAUUUUAAGGCUGGUCAUCAUUGGUAUCGUGGAAGAUGUGGCUUUCACUAUCCUAACCACAUUGGUCAUCAUCUCCACAGGGUUUGUCCUUUUAUUUCUUAUACGAUUUUUCAGGUUUUUAGGGAGAGUUAAUAGGAUUGAAAAGCAAGAAAUUUAUUUAUUGAUGCACGGAAAUAACAAAGUACAAAUGGAAAUUUUGCAAAAGAGGAAGUUAGAGAUGAUUUCUUAA